AUGAGAGUGAUAGUGCCUUUGCAAGACGUUGUCCAAGGAACAGGUGGUCUUUUUUGGGGUUCAGUUAUUCCUUGUGCUCUUUUCUACUUUCUUCAGCUUUUUCUAAAAACACGUCAUCAUAACCGUAACCGUCAACCUCCUCCUUCUAACAACCUUCCACUUCCGGAGGCUUCCGCCUUGUCACGCUCUCUUUCACAGCGGGUCAGAGGUUCAACCGCCUCCGUUUAUAUUUCGGCUAGGGCCAAUAUCGCAGUCGCAGACUCUCCUUAUUACGUAGGUUUGAAUAAAGUCGCAGAUAACCCGUACCAUCCGAUUCAUAAUCCCGAUGGUGUCAUUCAGCUUGGUCUGGCUCAAAAUACCCUAUCCGUGGACUUGAUUCAAGAGUGGUUUCGUCACCAUGGAAACGCCUCUAUACUGGGCACGUCGGCAAAUUGUGGUUGCCUCAAUUUCACUGACCAUGGAUUCAUGGAGUUCAAAGUGGUUGUGGCUGGUUUCAUGUCUCAAGUUUUGGAAAAGCCAAUUUUCUUCAACCCCUCACAUAUGGUAAUAACUGCAGGUGCCAACCCUGCCAAUGAAAUUCUAAGCUUCUGCCUAGCAGAUCAUGGAAAUGCAUUCCUUGUUCCGACACCUCAUAGUCCUGGCUUUGACGAGGAUGUAAAAUGGCGAACUGGUGUGGAUAUAGUAUACGUUCCCUGUCGCAGCACGGAUGACUUCAACCUAAGCAUUACCUCACUUGACCAAGCCUUCAACCAAGCAAAGAAACGUAGUCAAAAAGUUUGUGGAGUUAUAAUAUCAAACCCUUCAAACCCUACCGGAAAAUUCUUAAAUCGGGAAACACUACUUGAUCUUCUGGACUUUGCUAGAGAGAAGAACAUUCACAUAAUCUCUAAUGAAAUAUUUGCAGGCUCUACUUAUGGAAACAAGGAGUUUGUGAGCAUGGCAGAAAUCAUGGAUGCAGAAGAUCAUGAUCAAGACAGAGUUCAUAUAGUGUUCGAUUUAGCAAAUGAGCUCAAUCUUCCAAGUUUUAAUGUGGGAGUUAUCUACUCCUGUAAUGAGAAUGUUGUGGCUGCUUCCAAAAAAUUGGCAAAAUUCUCAUCUGUUUCUGCUCCAGCACAGCGGUUGAUUAUCUCCAUGAUUUCAGAUACAAUGUUUUUUCAGGAUUUCAUAAAGAGUAACAAAUUAAGGCUGCAGAAAAUGUACAAAGCAUUUGUGGCAGGAUUAGAGCAAUUGGGAAUUGAGUGCACCAGAAGCAAUGGUGGUUUUUGCUGCUGGGCUGACAUGAGUAGAUUCAUCCGCUCUUACAGUGAAAAGGGUGAACUCGAGCUCUGGGAUAGAUUGCUGAAUGUAGCUAAGAUCAAUGUUACUCCGGGAACCUCAUGUCACAGUAUCGAACCUGGAUGGUUCCGUUUUUGUUUUACUACUUUGACUGAAAAGGAUAUUCCUAUAGUAAUGGAACGGAUUGAGCAAAUUCUCAAAACCGCAGGUUGA